CCGGAGAGAGAGAGAAACGACAGAGGCUGAAAACUUCAGAGUUGGACAUGGCCAGGCUGGAUGUCACAGAGAUGUUUCAAGACAUUUCUUUUCCUGGACAUCUGCACACACAGGACUCCUUGCAACAGGCGGUUGAGUUUAAUUUCCAGGACACAGAUAUUCUCAUUGCUUCCUAUCCGAAGUCAGGCACCACGUGGAUGCAGGAGAUUGUGACUCUAGUUUACAGCAGAGGAGACCCUCACCUAAGUCAGACUGUCCCCAACUGGACACGAGCGCCUUGGCUGGAGCAGUACUACUGCACCGCGGUGCUGGAGGCCUCGUCUGCUGUGCCUCGCCUCCUCACCACACACCUUCCCUAUCGCCUGCUGCGAACCGCCAUCCAGGACUCCAAAGCCAAGGUCAUCUACGUGAGCAGAAACCCUAAAGAUGUGAUGGUGUCCUUUUACCACUUCCAUAAAAUGGCAAACUUUCUUCCCGACAUUGGUUCAUUUCCAGAGUUUUUAGAUCGAUUCCUGGAGGGCAAACUGCACUUUGGGUCGUGGUUUGAGCAUAUUAUCGGCUGGACCCAGACAGCAGCUGUCAGCAACCUGCUUCACGUCACCUAUGAAGAAAUGUUGUUGGACCCACAAGGCGCCAUAAAGAAAAUUAGCCUGUUCCUGCAGUGCCCCCUGGCGGAGGAUGAGAUCAAUAACUGUGUGAAACACUGCAGCUUCAGCAGCAUGAAAGACAACAAGAUGAUCAACUAUACCCUCGUUCCCCAAGAGAUAAUGGAUCACAGCAAAGGCUCUUUCAUGAGGAAAGGUGAGAUUGGAGACUGGAAAAACAUGUUCACCGAGGAGCAGAGACGACGCUUUGACAGCGUCUUCAGCUCCAAGAUGCAGCAGUGCUCUCUGCAGUUUGUGUGGGAGAAGCCGGAUGAAGAGGAGCCAAACGAGGAAGAAAAACUUCCACAGAACAACACGGAGCCGAGAAAAUGAAAUCAUGUAACAGUGGUUAGUGUGUUUCAGCUUUGAAAAUCCAUAGAGUGCUACAUGAACAGUUCAAAACGUUCUGUCUUUAUUCACCUCAGUACCCUUCUAUGUAUUUUUAUGUGGUUUUUCAUUCAUUUUGUAUAUGUGUGUGUGUGCAUCAUCACAGGUAAAGGUGUCUAAUUUGUUUCAAUAUGGUGAAUAUAGGGAUAAAUCUCAGUUUAGUUGAAUCCCUCAUUCGAUUAUUGGAUCUCAUCUGGUGACAUUUCUGCUUCCUAGAAUACAAGCAGACAAGGUGACAAUUCAGUAAAGGCCACAGAGAAACAUGAGGGGAUAUAGAUCUCUUUGUCCUGAGCUCUGAGCUGUCCUUGAGUGUCUUAUAUGAUUUGACACACAAAGCAAAGUGCUGGAUCCCCUCUGUUCUCCGGACAUGAUUCCAUAUUGGUGUGUGUCUGUGUAUUUAUACAUACAGAGAACAAACAUUCGGCCUUGUAAAGAACACAAUAUGUUCUGUGAUGGUGAUGAUAGACUCUGAUAAGUGGCAGACAGAGGUUGAUGAGAGCAUUAAUCCACAGAGCCACGGAUGAGGAAGUCUGAUCGAUGCUGAGUGUUUUACGGUUGUCUGAUACACCGUCAAUGUCACUGUGAAAACAGUGUGUUUCAUUCACAUCAAAAUUGAAUAGGAAUUAUUUUUGUCUUUGAAUCAACUCUGACUUGUUUCAAGUCAUUUCCAGAUCAGCAUGAUCCUCUUUGAUCACAAUUAUGACUCAUUUCACUGUGAUGCUUCCAGCAAACUUCAUUUCAAAUAACUAUCUGUCUGAUUUCUAAGCAGCUUUAUAGGAGCCUAUCUCAGCUGAAUAUAGACAAAGGCACACCGUGGACAGGUCUCCACACCAUCACUGGAGAAAACACAAGAGGUUCAGAUAAACCCCAUAAAACACAAUCAGCAAAUUCUGCAGUCUGCUAACCACUGCUAACAGUCCUAAAAAUGCAGCGACUACAAUCACUAAUAAAUAUUUAGACCUGAGAAACAUAAAAGCCAUAUUGUAGCUAUCAAGGAUGAAUAUCAUCUCUAAAUAUGUUGUCACCUUUCCAUUACACUUCAUGUGUACACUGUAUAAUCUGUCCUCAAAGACUCAUACUCCUCAAACACACACAUUCAGUGGGGGCAGUUCUCACUCGUAUUUGUAAGUUGUGCUUCUGUUUGACACAUUGCUUGCUCUCUGCAGCUUCCAUUAUGUUUACCUACAAGUGUAGAGGAGGAAGUGGGAAAGAAGAAGUUGUUAUAGUAAAUUUUGGGUGCAGUAGUGGACAUUUGACGACAGGCUGACAUUUGUGUUCCAUAAAGUGAGUAAAAGCAAAAAUAUCUCUGACGAUAACAGACCAACUAAUGCAUGAUAAAUAUUUCACAGUUGGGGUGUUACAUUUGUGUUUGAUUUCUGUACAAACAAUAUCUUUUUUUAAUUCCCAUUAUCCUUCCCAUGACCUCUUAUUCAGCCUAUUUUUGUAUCUGACACUGGUGUUUCUGUGCAUAUUUCAAGACGAGAAUCUAAGUGACAGAUUGUGUGUUUGUCCCAUGUCAUCUGGUCUGAUUUGAAAAGAAGAAAACAUUCACACUCAGGGUCAUGCAACCUUCAAGAUUUGUGUCUCUUGCCUUUUAAAAUGAUGGAGUGAAAGACUGCCUCAUGAAAGAAUUACCCUUCUUGCCUGUGGGUUUGUUGAGAGACUCAGAGAUUUAUUAGAAAGUUCAGCAGACCUUGGAGAACAGGCAGGGCUCCUGAUAUGAGAUAAACACAUUUUAAGGAGCAAUAAGUUAAAUAUCAUGACAUUUUUUACCCCCUCCUCUGGGAAUAUUUUGUUCCCUUUGUAAAAGUGGUCUGUCUUUCACUCCUCUUUCACCUUCAGUCACUGAUUUAUUUGAUUUUUGUCCAAAGUAAUCAGGCUGACAAGGCCUGCGAUGUGCAUCUAAUAAAACACCACCCAGCCAGGACCGGAGCUGUUCGCUGCUCACGCUCACACAUUUCAGUCGUGUGAGAAGCCACUUCACACUUCCUUUCAGACUCCGAUGCUGAGGGGAAGGAGGUUGAAGGGUAAAGCUGGUGUCAUUGCUAAUUGCUUCAGAUGUUGAGGGUUCAAACAAAAAACUGACAGUUCAGUUGAGGGGAACUGUCAAUUAAAAAAACAAAAAGAAAAAACGUGAUUUUCUCAUUCUCAUUGUUUGUCUUUGUCUUUUGAUCAGGAAAUGAAUUAAGUUGAUUUAAUUUGUAAUUAAAAUUUGUGUGUUGCCUUUAUCAGUAACCAGGGUUGGUAGAACUAAUUUAAAAAUGUAAUCUGGUAAAAUGACAAGUUACUUGUCAGAAAAUGUAAUCAGUAACUUACUCUAAUUACUUUGAUAAAAAGUAGCAUACCAGAUUACGUUUAGUUACUUUGAGACUACUUCACCAGCAAACAUAAAAUAAAGACAAAGACAAUUAUGACGUGUCAUCCUCACAGUGUGUUGACGACUCUACACACAGCAAACACACAAUGCUCUGAGGAUUAAGAACACAUGCAGACCUCUGUGAGCUCUGUUUAGAGCAUUUUCACAGCUGGGAGGCAGAAUUUACAUUAAACAGAGAGGUCAUGGGCCUCAUCUGACUUAAAUACAAAACGAUGACUACGUUUCCAGACAAAGAAUGAGUUUCUCUCCCUGGGAGCAGCCAUGACUCCAGCAGCAGGCGGUAAAAUACAUGGCAACGCCGGUUGUUUUAUUCAUUUAACAGUAGAGCGGGAGGCUGCUCCAAGAUAGCGGUCGAUGCGGCGUCUAUCAUCAUUUAUAUCUAUAGUGACUGCGGUGGUGUCGCGGUUUGUGCCAUGAAGUGCUGUUAAGUGUCAGUGUCAGUGCGUAUGUCUGCAGUAUGUCUGAUAUUUUCUGUCUGAUUUUCAAAAGUAAUCCCACACAGUAAUCUGUGUUUUAUUCAGAUGUACCUGUAAUGAAAUUACAUGUUUUUUGUAUGUACUGUAACGGCUUACAUUUUUUGUAUCCUAAUUACGUAACGCCAUUGUAUGUAAUCCGUCACUCCCCAACCCUGUCAAUAACUUACACAUUUUGGGUCGUUGUGGCUUGGUUUGCAGUCAUCCAUCAGACAGAAGGGUUGCAGGUUUGAAUCCCCCUGUCCACAUGGCACAAGCCAUUUCUGCCUGAGGUGAAAUAACAUCCAGUGUUGGAACCACUCUUACUGCAGGACGACUUGAUUUUCACAGAGUGACGAGUAAAGGCAGGCUGACCUUUUCUGUCCAGCUAUUGAGGAAAAACAAAAACCCAUCAGAAGAUACCUUCAAAAAAGAUGUAAAACUCUCACUUUGCACCCAAGUGAGAGAUUCCACGAGAGUUUUCUUUAAUGAAAUAAUGUAAUAAAAUAAAUGUACUUUAAAAAAUGUGAACAAAUGCUCAAAACAAAAGCUAAGGAAAGACUUUAAUGUGUGAAAUGGAUCUUUUUCCUUUAUGUAAAAUGUAAUUGCAGACAGAAUCAUUUCUGUGGACACAAACCACAUUUUGUUGGUCUGUUCAGAUUUACCUGGCGUAUUAAUUGCAUUUCAUCAUCUAACAAAACAGCACAAAACAUCUAAACUUUACACACGGCAAGCAAUUAGGAGCAUGUGCGACCAAGAUUGCUUCCUGAUAAGGGAGUUGAGUCAGGCGGCGGCGCUCUGCUCAGGAGAAGGUGUGACAGUGGUGGCAUUUGAAUGGCCUUUAAUGCCUGUCAGCUCUAUCAUCCUUCCCCAAAGUGUCAGACCCGGAGCAGCGCCACACCACUGCAUAGGAAGCUGUAAAUCUCACAGGGGUUCACAUGCAUGGGUAUUAAACAUGCAGCUCUGCAGCAGACGAGAAACUGCAGAAAACCACAGAUGUGAGGAGAAACAAAAAGAAGAACUGGAUCUCCGAUCAUUUGAUCAUUCACAGUUUCACUGC